AAGCAGGGAUUAACAUCGUGGCCAAGAUCUAAAUGAUCUGUGGUUUACAUGGUUUUCGGCAGGUGAGCCUGUAAAUGAUUGCAACCCUUGAUUACUUCACUGCUCUGUAGCCACAUAGUGCAAAGCUAUGUAUGAUUUCUAAUAAGAUUUCUAAUAAGAUAAUUUGCCUAGAGAGUAAUGUGCUCACAGAUGUGAAGGAGAUUCCUCAGUUUAAUUUAUGGGAAAUUUAUUUUCAAACCUUUGGUCAUGACUUGUAAAUAACAGCAGGAAAAGAAAAUGUUUGAAACUGAUCAAUUAAAAUUCUUUCUGAAGGAACUAAAAUUGGAUUGUUUUUUUUUUAUAUUUGUAAGUGUAAGCAUCCAGGCUAUUCUGCAAAUAGUUGUAGUAUUUCACUAACAAGGUACAAUAUCAAAGAAAAAGAAUUCUAGUUUAUUUUGCAUACUAUAUGCCACAGAUAACCCUGCUUAAGGUCAAUUGUUUGAAUUUGAUCCUGAUGAAAUAUCAUUAAAAUCAUGACACUAAUCACUUUUGAUUCUAAGAUUGAAAGUGAUUUGUAAAAAUUUUAAGGGUAUAGUAUAAAUAUAUAUAAUAUAUAUGCCAUAGCUUUAAUUCCUAGCAUAAUUGUUCAAUCUGUGCACCGCUAACUUAGUUGAAUAACAAAAGGCUUUAUCUCCCUACCAAUCACCUUUGGCAUGUAAAAAAUUGAAAUUCAUAAGGAUUGUUCUUCUUGUACUUGCCAAAAAGUGUUGUCCCAGAGCUCUUCAUAUAGAAAAAAAAUUAUGUUACAUCUGUUUACAGUUUUUAAAUUGCCGCCAUUUAACAUGCAGCCUUGAUGAUGAUGUUAGGCGUAGAUUAAAAUUAGAUUGGAGAUAAACUUUUACUGAAAUUACAUGAAACUUGUUUUACUUGUUUUUUAGAUUUUUUAAAAUUUCAGAAAGCCAUGUUCUAAGUGAUCAUUUCAAAUAAUCUACUUGUGGCACUGGACUGCUAUAAGCUCAUUGAAUCAGUCUUUUGCUGUUCAUUAAUGCACACAGGUUUUGACAAGCAUCACUUCAUAUUCAUUCAUUAAUUAGGCAGAGUAUCUAUAUUAAUUUGUGUUAGGAUUUUAAAACAGAGUUAAGUUUUUUUGAAAUGGUAGACUUUUAAUUUGUUGGUGUCCACUUUUGAAACCAUUCUGUUCCUGUGUCAAAAUCAUUGGUAGUAAUACUAAUCAAUACCAGCUAUUCAUAUGUGGAUCUGAUCAACUGAUGUGUUUAAGUAAAAAAAUAAAAGAUUGGUCACUUUGUAAAGAGAUUGUAAUGUUUUAAACAGUUAUGUUGAUUAUGACUAUCAUCCUGGAAAUGGGAAAGGUGUAGUGUAUUGCUGACCAUUGAAAUGGGAACAUGAGCAGUUCUUUUUUUUUUCCAACGGAUAGGUACGUUACCCAAUGUGAGAUGGAAUAGGGCAACGUUUGAUCUUUGAAGUUGGAAUACCUUAUUUCGUAAAGGGGCGCCACUUCUGUUUCUCAAGUGUCAAAACUUAAAUAGGAGUUGGUGAUACUGCAAGUAACCAUUCAUUUACAAUGAUACAUCAUACGCACCAAUUGGAAGGGGUCGCCACUAUGUGCCAAAAAGAUGAAAGGUGGCGUUUGCCUCAAACCAAAAAAGCAGUUUCCUGGCAACAACUUGUGAUAAGUGUCAAUUUUGUCAACAAAUACAGAAUGGAGUUUCAACUAAAUCUGAUGUCAAAGAACAUGUUUCGAUUUAUCAACCUAUCUUCAACCACAAGUUAUAUGGUGGUGUGCCUACUACCCUGUCAGGGUAGGAAUUCAAAUAAGUGGUGGAGGUAUGCUCCUUGGUUCCCUAAUGCAAGUAGGAAUAAUCAAUGCAGUCCACAUAAUAAAAAGACCAAAAAUCCAUAAACUAAUGAUCUGCAAAGCGUAUCAGGAAUGAUCCAGCUAUGAUUACUAUGGACCAUCUCCAAUUCCACCUUGACUUGCUCUCGGGAAUGAUCCAGCUAUGAUUACCAUGGACCAUCUCCAAUUCCACCUUGACUUGCUCUCGGGAAUCAUCCAGCUAUGAUUACCAUGGACCAUCUCCAAUUCCACCUUGGCUUGCUCUCAGGAAUGAUUACUAUGGACCAUCCCCAUUUCCACCAUGGUUUCAGUUAUGGCAACAGCAAAGCAUUGUUUAAGUUGUAGCAAUAGCAAGGUGUUGUUUCAGUUAUGGCAACAGCAAAGCAUUGUUUAAGUUGUAGCAAUAGCAAGGUGUUGUUUCAGUUAUGGCAACAGCAAAGCAUUGUUUAAGUUAAGGCAAUAGCAAGGUGUUGUUUCAGUUAUGGUACUAGCACAGUCAUCUUCCUAAGCUGAUCACACACUUAUUUUGGGCAAAAAAAAGCCAAUUCUGUGGCAUAGCCUGCAAAAAAGAAUAGAGCUACUACAACUACGCUGCCUUGGUCGUAACGUUAUCAUCUGUUAAGACUAAGGCAGCGUAGAAUGGCAGGUAGCAACUGCUUUGAGUACCCUAGUAAAGUAUACUACAAAUCCGCUUGCUUACUAGAUACUGCAGUGUUAACAAGUGUGCUAUUAAUUGCUGUUAAAUAAUGAAAAAUGUAUGAAAAACUAUCAAUGCCUAGCAUUAAUCAUUAUUUGACGUGCUAACUCAUUCUAAAACUAAAAGCGGGUGUGAUUUUCUUCUCCUCUUUGUUGUUUAAGUAUAUUUUAUUUAGAGCUGAAAAUCAGUGGGUAUUGUUUAUCUACAUGACAUUUUCCUCCAUUAACAUUAAGUAAAAAAAAAUAAAAAAGGUUAAAUGAUGGUUAACUGAUCUUGAUAGCUUGUCAAUACUUUCGUGACAAGUAAGACAUCAGCUUUUAAAUUGAAAAGGAAUCUGUAUUACUAUAGCUAGCAUAAUAAACUGAAGAACUAUGUCAAAUUCAACAUACGAGUCCAUUUGCUAUGCCUAUUUAUGCAUUCAAAACAGAUAACUUUGAAAAAGUUAUAAAUUAUCCUCCCGUCUUCUUUAUUUGUGUUAAGCAUCAUCAUAGUAAAAAUCUGUCCAACUAUUAGUUUCAUCAAAUAAGAAAAUGCAUUGUUCAACUCUUCAGCUUAUCCACAUACAAAUGUCCUAAAUCUUAAUUCCUACACACACCAACACCCCCUCCCUUCAGUGUGUCUCUAAUAAAUAGGGAUGGCCCCUUUUUAGCUGCUCAGGUGGGGCUGAAAUGGCUGGGAAAAUAAAAUUAGUUUAGUAGUUAAACUUUAAUGUGAAAAUCUAAUAAUUGAAGUAAAUUUCCACCAUGGAAAUGCUUUAUUAACUUGUAAAUGUACUGAAUGUUUUGUGUGUACUGGUACUUUUUUUUGAGUCAAGUGUUUAUCUUCUUCAAAAGAUUCAAUUUAAAUUUAAGUCUAAAAUGUCAUUAUAAAUUAGAAAAAAGAAAUAUAAAUGCAAUACUUGCUAUACUGGGUAAAUCUAAUCUUCUGGUACAGAAAUGGCUUUUUUUUUUCAAUCAAGCAGAUGUUACUUAGAAGGUUUUGCCAUAGGACUUCUCACAUACAGUAAUCAUAAAGAAACAACAAACUCUGAGCAAAUGCACAUAAUCCCUUUUACUUUUAUAUUAACUUAAAGCAGUUUAAGGUAAAAAUCAGUUCAUUUGAUAAAUUUACUAAAAACAUCAACUUGAAGUAAACAUCUACAAGGUUCAUCAAACAUAUCAAAUCAGUUGUCUUACAUUUAAGAUACAAAUACAAAUAUCAAAACAUGGUACACGGCUGUCACAUAUCAAAUCAAUGGUGGCCAAUAAAUAAUUUGUUAAAAAUGUUGAUUUUUUAAAAAAUAAAAAUUUCAUGUUAAAAAUAAACUUGAAAUGAUGUACUUACCCUUUUUUUUUUUUUUUACAAAAAUUGUUUUCAAAUGUGAAAAAGCUCUUAAAAAAAUAAAAAUUUAAUUUUAAAAAAAAACUUGAAAUGAUGUACAUAACAUUUUUUUUUUUUUACAAAAAAUGUUAUCACAUGUGAAAAAGCUCUUGUCAAGUGUCAUUUGACAUAGUCCUUUACUUUCUAUUACAUCAGAUGCAUGUUACAAAUUGAGCAUUAUCCAUAGCUUAUUUAGUUAUAUAUUAUUUCAACACACUGGAUUUCAACUAUGUACAGUAUAUUACACUUGAAAAUUUUAAGCAGCAGUGAAAAGAAACAUGUUCAAAAUCAUAACACUCCCUGCUAAGGAACAAUCCUAGGUAAAUACGGAAUCCAUAAUUUAAAAAUGGUCUUAAGGAAAAACAUUACAAUCCAGAAAUUUCAUGUGUAUCAUAAUACAGUAAUACUUGUUAACACCAUUGGAGAAAUUUCAUGAUUCAUCGUAUUGAACUUAGUGCAAAGGCCAUGAUGAAUAUUUAUGAUGAGCACACACUCUGGCGAGAAGUGCAACAACUCAGUUACUGUGACAGGAAGUGCACUAACACUGACAAGAAGUCUGUACAUUUCUAUGCCUGAAUUUUCACUUCAUUUACAAAAAUAAAAUGACACUCUUGCACUGACAAUAUCAAUGAAUGCAGCAACUUUAAAACUUAUUUGCCUUAAAGCUUUUUAACAAUACUAAUACUGGUAAAAAUGAAGCGCCAGUCUGACUAAUCUCAUACUGCUAUUUUACAACUACACCCAAGAGAUGAGACGAAAGAAAGAUGAUUGAGCUCUGCACAAUUGGCAUGAAUAAGAUUAAUGAAAUAAUCCCAGAACUUGAAAUUUUCGCAUAAAAUUACAGUAUUUCAAGAACAAAAAGAACAAGGGUCAUGACUUUGAAAAAAACACCACCAAAUUUUCAGCAUAUCACAGCCGUUUUAGAUUUUUCUUACUCUUCCUAGUCCCAGCGACGGCAGCUACGGAGGAUGCUCUGCAAAGAGGCUUGCAGCGUUUUGGGUGAUGAAAAGCAGCAAAACACUGGGUGCAAAAAUCAUAGCCACACUUCACAUCUAUGCAGAUCGCCCUGUCCUGAUUUGGUUGGACUACUGCUGACCCUUGGCAGUGUGGACAUCUACGCAAUUGGUCACCACUCCUGAGUGAAAAGCUGGGCUGCAAAUAAAUUACAUAUGUUAUAUGUGAAGUGAAAUGUCAAUUUGUAACCAAAAGUCUGGAGGAGAAACAACAAAUAAUCUUUCUGAGGGAGCUGCACUGGCUGCCGGUCCGCGUUUGCAUAGAGUACAAAAUUGCAACUUUGUGCUACCGCUGCUUACAUGACCUGACGCCAUCUUAUCUCAAAGCACUCAUGACGCCUUAUGUACCCACUAGAGAGCUCCGCUCAUCCGAUAAUGGCAAAAUAUUGAUACUGUGUGUUCGCCUUGAGACUUACGGAAAGCGCACUUUUGUAUUUGCCGGCCCAACAAUUUGGAACGCACUUCCAGUUGCUCUCAGAAACAGCCAGACACUGGAGUCCUUUAACCGAUUUAAAAACACAUCUAUUUCGCAAACACCUUUUGGGGUGAUGCUAAUCUACCAUCUUUUUCAGUUAAUGUAUAUUGGCUUGUGUUGCUUAUGGUUGAAACGGGAUGAAAGACUUUGACUGGGUAUGCUCGUAUGUAGCUUUAUAUUGUUGUGUCUGUUUUUAAAUGUGGUAAAUUUUAAAUUGUUUUUAUUUCUCUUUUUAAUAUGGUUGACUUUGUACAGCGCUUCGAGCUUUUGGGGAUGAAGCGUGUUUUUCAAAUAAACUUUAUUAUUAUUAUUAUUUUUCUUUAAAACUUUAUAGCCACAUGAUUUGGUGCUCUCACACAUAUAUACACACACACACACAUAUAAAUAUAACAAUUUUUAUAACAUAGCAAGAAACAUUCCUGAAUAAUCUCAUCUUAGCUGCACACGCAUUCUAACAUGUUUACAACCUUCCCCAAUGGAUAAACAACUUUGAUCUUAGCGUUUAAAGAUAUUUUUAUAGCACAGUCAAUGGUGAUUUUGUAAAUGGACUUAGAUGAUGAAUUUGAUAACAGCUGAAUUAUAAACUGUUAUUGAAUUUACCAUGUUAUAUUUAUAAUUGACCAAAUUGGGGUGGGGGGUGGAGAGGCCUGUGUUUGGUUAUCAUGUGGAUAUAAUUUUCUUUUUUUCCUAGGGCUAUUGUAUAUAAAAUGUCACUAUUGUUAGGUGUACCAGUAUUAUAAUAGUAUUUAACAGGAAGGAAAUAUGAUGCUUAAACUUGUUGUAUUGUAAAAUACUCCUGCCGUUACAUUGAUCAAAGUGAAGUCCAUGAGUCUUAGAAAAUGUAAUGCUUACCUCAAGAACAGCUGGUUGAGGUUUACUCUCUAUCUUUUGAGCUUGCGUCUGCAUGCAUGUCAAGUGACCUUUUGAAGUUGUCAGAUUUUGUGCCAAUGGCCCACUUAGAAGCUUUUCACCACAGUUCUCCUGUUGAAAGAGUUGCAAGUACAUUUGUAAAGAUUUGUACACAAGUAACUUCAUCUUCCGGGGGGGGGGGGGGGGGGUUUAGGGGAAAAAUAUCAAGGUAAAAAUACAUUUACAAAAAUGAAAGACCCAAUGACCAUGUUGUUUGAGCUCUGACAACAGAUAAAAAACCCACCUUUCCGUGUCCCUUUUCCUGUAAUGCACUUCUGGUUGCUUCUCUAAACAUUUUGUAUCUGUCAUACGCUUUCUUGUCAUUGUAGAGGGCCUUUUUCCAAACACUGUUUACUUGACACACACUGCAAUGUUCAGUGAAUGAAUCAUCAAGUAUGAUUGCCCUGAGUUAAGUAGACUGUUCCCUCUAAGCUAACUUUAAUACUUUCAUAUAAAAUAGUUAUAUUAUUAAAAUAUCAUCCCUUUUUACAUUGGACAUCUGUGUUGACCAGUGUUGUAAAUAUUGUAAUACCAUAGUGUAAUAAACAUUUACUGUAUAAAAUUAUUUUUUAUAACAAAUGUUACUUUUAGAACAUGACCUGAUAUGAAAUAUGAUUGAAGCAUGAUUGCCCUGAGUUAAGUAGACUUUGUUCCAUCUAAGCUAACUUUAAUACUUUCAUAUAAAAUAGUUAUAUUAUUAAAAUAGCAUCCCUUUUUACAUUGCACAUCUGUGCUGUAAAUAUUGUAAUACCAAAGUGUAAUAAACAUUUCCUGUAUAAAAAUUAUUUUUUUAAAACAAAUGUUACUUUUAGAACAUGAUCUGAUGUGAAAUAUUAACUUCAGCUUACCUGUCUAAAUCAGAUGGGUCAAGAUGGUGAAAGACACUUCCCAAAAUUUGAGAAAAGUUUUGACUCAGCUUCUGCACGAUAUCAAGUUUCCUCACACCAACAUUUCUGCCAAUAAGCCGAGAAGGUUCUGAAGGGGAGAAACUUUGAAUAAUCUUCUUGAAGCGUUGUAAUGAAAGUACACUGUCAGCAGUUUUAAUAAGUAUUCCCUGUUGAGUAAUAUCUGAUAAUGAAUCACAAGAAUCUUUGGAAGAGCACAGUUUGUCAGAAUCAAGUAUUGCACACAUUGCAUCACCCGAUGAGAACGCUGUCAUGUCAAAAUCACGACGAGACUGUUUUUCAUCAUGAAAUGUAUCUCCUGUGGCUUUGCAUUCGGGAAAUAAUUUAUCCCCUGAUAUGCUAGUAAAUGUGCACACCUUUCCAUUUUGUAACUGUUCCGCAACUGAUCGAGCCCUAGCAUUAUCAUCAAGAGUUCUUUUACAUUUUGUUGGACUAUGCAUUACACUAAGAUCGUAUUCAAAUUCAGAGCUAUGACGUUUGUUGGGACUUUUCAAUAAUGGCUGCUCUCUCGGGAAGCAGACAACAGUAUCUGAAGUUAAAAAAUUAUACUCUGAUGGCAACGGAGGUAUUCUUCUAUGAGUAGUUGAUUGAGAAUCUAAAUGUCCUACACACACAGUGAGGUUGUGAUUCAGUGAUGGACCAGCUGCACUAGAAUUAUAUUUAAAAUAUGUGUGAUCUAAAUACAAGGAUGAUUCACUUUGUGCUUCCUUGAAUCGUCCAUCAGAAGAAAAGUUGUUUUUUCUCGACUCACAUGUCUGGAAACAAGGGUUAUAAUGCUCUUUUAAACACGACUCUGAUCCAAUAUAUUGUCUCUCUUCAUCACUCAGCAUCAUAAUUUUAUUAUCAGACAAGGAAUCUUGACUAGAACUUGGCUUCAAACUAAAUGGUGAUGUCCGUGAACCAGAUGACCACGACGAAGUCAUUUCCUCUAGAGACAUUUCUUGGAGACUAAAUUCAAGAUCAUCAGUUGACCCAGAAAGGGAUGAGCCAGCAUAGCUGCUGUCUUCAUUACAUUUAUUUAAAGAUAUUUUGUUGGAUUGUUCAGCAGACGAAGAAAUUUUCAUAUUGCAUGUUCCCAAAUCAGUGUCCUUUAUCUCUUUGGUUAUAUUAGAUUUACAGUCAGAAAAUGAACUCAGCUCAUUCAUUUCAAGACUGUCAAAAUCUUCCAAAGGUAACUGCAGAGCAGGAGGCCUAGUAUCAAAAGCCUUAAAUAGUAAUCUCCUUCCUCGUAUAGAGGUUGUUUCUUGUACAGGAGAAAAUUCACAGUCAGUCAGAGUUGACCUGCGUCCAUUACUGAAAUUUUUUUCUGGUGACGAUAACAGGCCUCCAGAUUUUGAAAAUAAAGGUGAUCCAAAGUCAGCUGCAUCUGUUGUAUUUGAUUCACCAGUUAAGUUAAAGUUGCGAUCUGAAAAUCCACUGUCAUUACUAACAGCAGUUUGCACUGACCAUGAAUGUAUUUCAGGACGCUGUAUCAAUGGUGUACUGUAGACUAGGUUAUCAAUGGGCCUGUCAGCCACCUCCAUUGCUGGUUUACUUUCAAGUUUGUUGUUCAUUCUAUUAGUAUUUGAUAAUGACCUCUGGUAUCCUAAGCAUAUGCUGUCUGCAAUAUUGUCCUCAUCCUCCAUCUGAAAAUACAAAGUAAGUGAAAGGAUUAUUAUCUCAAAUAUCAGCUUUGAGUAUCUAUCCAAUGCCCAGCUGGUUACUUACACCUGAAGUGCUUUAAGCCAAUAUCAAUUUAAAUGUAAAGGCCUAUUGGCAAAUAGUUACAAAUUUAUUUAUUUGGCUGCGCACAAUCGAAGUCAAUAUUUUGUAAACAUUCAAAAUUUGACUGGGUUUAAGCAUAGUUAUAAAUUUUGAGUUGCUUUGAUUAUCUUUUAGAUAACUCAAGAGUAUGAGCUCUGACAACAUUACUACGGGAGGAUAUCUCACAUAGCCGAUCACAUAUUGGAGAUGGGGAAUAUCCUUAAACAAAAAUCCUCAGUAUUAAAAAAAAAGAUUUGCAGUUAUAUUUAUGCCUAUUAUAUUAGAUCUAAUGCAAUGCAUCAUAAAUUCAUUAACUUAUAUAUUAUAUGCCAAUGGAUCUUCAACUUUAAUGAUGAUCAUUUGACAUUUAUUCAUUAUCAUAAAAAAUUCUCAAUCGUUUUAUGAUUGGCACUGUCCUCUACUAGUCCCAGUUUAUGUAUAUUCCUUCUUGACUUAAUUUAGACACAUUAGUCUAACUCUAAGCUGUUUAAUUCCAUACUCCUACUCCAUAGCCAUUUAAAAAAUAGAUUUUUUAGAUCAACAAAUCAUCCUAGGCCAUUUUUUUUUUCACGAAAGUCUGCGCUAUUAGUUUAGUCCUACAUCACUGGACAUCAGCAACAUUUCAUGAAGCUAUUUAUAUUAAUUUGAACAGACCUACAACACUAAUGACUGUUGAAACUCGUGUUACGCGAGUGUGAAGUAGGUAGGCGGUUUCAAAAUGCUAUAAAAACUAAAUAAAUACUAAUACUAGACUAUAUAUUUUAUAUUAUUUGCAGUAUUGCGCCUAGCUUUGGGGGAUCUUAAUUUUACAAUUUGAUUCAAUAUUGUAACAACAAAAUAAAUACAAUUAUAAUAAACUUUAUGUACAUUUUUCAGAGAUAGGUUACCUCAUAGCAUAAAUCCUCAGAAAAAAAGGUAGGGAGACGUAUUUCUUAUAUGGUUACCACUUCACGAAUUUCGCAGUUUUCAAACAUUACGUCCAAUUCCAAGCAGCCAAUGAGAAUCGCUUUAUUUUGGGACGAUUUACCAGUCACUGGCCAGUUUACCAUUGUCUUCUACAGAUACAGAAUAAAAUUUGAUGCCAAAAUAACUUUGAUAGUAGAGUAAAAAAAAUGAUUUAGUAUUAUUUUUUUUAAACAUCGAAAGAAAAGUAUAUUACACUGAAAUGUUUUUAUAUUUAUAUCAAAAUGUUCUUAUUUUAAAUCAAAUAUGCAAAAAUCAACUAAAAUUUAAAAACUCAUGUUAAAUAUAUAUACAAUCCGAAUAGCGAGGAGACACCCAUCGAGCCUUUAAUCUUCUCUUGUCAUCACUCUAAAGUUUAAUUAUUAGGAAAAAUAAAUAUUUGAUAGAUUUUAAUUAAAUUCACCGAAUUUUGAAAAUAUAUUUGAUUAAUCAUUUCAAAAUUUUAAGUAAAUAUAUUUUUUAUGUGGCAAUACUGGCAAUUCGGAAAGGAACGGUAAGUCACAAAUAAUUUUUCAACUUAUUCAUUUCCGGUUUAAAAAAAAAAAAGGAGCAUUGUUAAAUAAAUAAUAUUUACACGAUACGGUAGGAAACAAGAAACGUGCUUAAUGUAUCACUAUUACUUUAAUUAUGUUAUGCAUUUGAAAUUAAUAAUACAAGGAUUUGAUGUGAUUAGAGAUUUUAAAUUUAAAAUUCACUAAAAAAGAAGUUAAAACGCUAAAACUAAAAGUUUAAACUUAAAUGUAGACAGAUUGAGUAAAUAAAAAAUGAAGAAAUCAUCAGUCAGUAAAUCUGAUUCUAAAUUCAAUUUAUUCAGUCACAGAUUAUUCUUAAUAUUAUUAGGCCUUAUUUCUAUUUAGGUAAUCUAUAAUAUCAAGUCCGUAUUUCUAAUUGCUGGGAAAUUUCCUAAAUUGUUGUAGAAUGUAAUUUAAACUAAACUAAUUAAAUUAAAAUUAUUGAAUUUAAUUGUAAUUGUUGAUCAAAUUCGGAAUUUUAGAAAAUAGCUUAUUUUACUUAGUUUUAUAAUUUAAUAUUAUAAUGUCCAUUUUUUCAUGUCCUUAUCAAAAUAUUCCCACAAAGUUGAAAAAGGGCUCAUUUUAUUUGUAUAAAUUGGAAGUGUAAGAUUAAAAAAGGAAAAAUAAAUAAUAUUUGUACUGUUUCCUAUUUAUUCAAGCCUAUUGGCUUACAUUACACUGCACAUGAACAGUGAGCUCACCAUAUCAUAUGAUGACCUAAAAUUACUCUAAUUUUGUAAAUGUAAUGAACCAAAAAUUUCAAAUAUAUGUAAAUUAGCCAAAUAAGUUUUAGCUCAUCUAAUGUUGUCCACAUUCUGAUGCAGAAUGUGAAAGUAUCCUCUUCAAAACCAUGUACAGAGAAACAUCGUGAACCCCCUCUACAAACAUAGGAGUCAGAAUGAUCAAUAUAUUGGUCAUUGGCCCUCAAAAUAUAGAAGAGAAUAAGAGAAUGUUUUCAAUUGACACAGAAAUAAAAAUAAACAGAAUGAAACACUGUCUUAAUUAAGUGUACCCAAAGACUCAAUAAGUUUAAGUUAACAAAGGGCAUUUGUAUGGAGUAUCAUCCCAUUAACCCACCAUAUUAUAUGGGAUAUUAUCUCCUUAACCCACCAUAUUUGCUGUCUAUAUUUUCUGCUCAAAGUACUCUGUCAUAAAAUCUAUUUAAAGAAAAAAAGUAUUUAAAUGUCUCUUAAAUGAUUUUUAUCAUUUCAAUUUCCCUCAAAGACUGAGGCAAACUGUUCCAAAAUUUAGGCCCUAUAGCUUCAAAAGAGUGCACUCCGUAUGACUUCUCUAUGUGCCCAUCCACACUGGUAACUCUCAUUAGGUACUGUGAUGAAGAGCGCAGUUUCUUUAAGGCUACAUUUUUGGAAAUCAGUUCUUUUAGAUAGUCAGGUGCAUAGUCUUCCAUGGGACAGGAUUUUGUGGUCAUGGGUUCACUCACAGGAAGCCAGUGGAGAUUUUUACUUGUAACUUUCUUAAUUAAGCUGCGAUAGUUUUCAGUAGCAUCUGGCCUCAUUAGAGUUUUCUAAAAUAAAUAAAUGUUAACCAGUCAAAGUGUUAUGUUUUUAAAGCUUGAUGUUGGUCAUUACAGAGAUGUAAAGUGCUUCCAAAAACAUUGUCAAACUUUUGUUACCACAUUUCCAUAGUUGUGGAAAUUCAUGGGAAGAGACAUGACGUCAUCCACAAUUAAUUCUUAUGUUUGUUUAUGAAAAAAAUACUUUCAAGAAUCGUUCCUACUGUCUCUCACAAUUUCUCCUUGACUGAAUUGCACCAACUGAAAAACAAACACAGCUUGUAUCCUGCUUUCUGCUCAUUGAACAUCUCAUACGGUACUCGAAUAUCUGAAUACCAGGUACUUGUCCCAAACUUCACAAUUUCUCUGGCGGGCCAUUCAAAAUAAAUUAUGUUCUCGUUUGCUGGUUGGGCAGGACCGUCUUGAGAAAUUUGGUAUAGCCUGCUGGUAGUUUUGAUUUUAUGGCCCAUUCAUGUUAUACAUUUAAAUGUUUGUGUCGAUAACAUAAUGUUUUAAAACUAUUUUCAAGAUGUCUGCCACACCAAGCAUGGACCAGGGUAAGGACAAUCCCCUGAAUCCUCCUCGACAGCAGACUAUGAUCUACAUCUGUGGAGGUAAGAUAUUUAAAAUCAUAUACACACGAGCUUCAAUGUGUUUUUGAUUUUGUUCACAGUAUUUGUUUGAGUAGUAUUUUAAAAAGUUAUUGUUUUUUUUCCUCACUUUGAGCACAUGACAAUGGAUGUUUACAAUUGCAAGGCACCAGUAAGCUUAGUUGUACCGGUAGUAAUGUAUUUGGUCUAUUUACAGAGUGCCAUGCAGAGAAUGAGAUAAAGGCAAGAGAUCCCAUUCGUUGCAGAGAGUGUGGAUACAGGAUAAUGUACAAAAAGAGAACGAGAAGACGUAUCCUUUUUUUUCUGGUUAUAUUUCUGGAUUCUAGAUUGGUGCAUGCAGUUAGAUAUCACCUGCAAUCCUAUUAUCUAUCUUUUCUCAUAAAUUAUAUGAGGUUCAAAAUCAUUGCUUCCUGUAGUACAAUAUUAUUCUUAAUUAUAUUAAAAUUUACUAAAAUGCUUACAUUAUUAUAAUUAAAGUGUUUAUUGGAGUACCAGUAUGUUAAUCCCUAAAGAGAGAGAAAUUCCUUGACUAUAGUCCAGUGAUUGUUUUUGAUGCCAGAUAGCACUGCUUCAACCAUCACUUUUAUCAUUCUAUUAUGUUCCUGUUUGAGUAUCUGAUGUCUGCUUUGAGUUUGUGAGAAUGACAUCUUGUUUAUUUUUCAUUUCAUUCAGUUAUGCACAGAGGAUUUAUGAAGUCACUGGUUCAUGCAACCUAUCAGAUGCUUCUGGUUACAAUUUUCAAAUGCCAGUUAUUAUUUAGCUUUAUUUCUAACAAAAAGCACUUAAGUGUGCAAGGUAACUUCCAGUGUCUUUUUAUUCUGGACAAAAAAUACUGGUCAUUAUUAAAUAAAAAAUUUUUUGAUGUAUAUUGGUAUAUUUUACCAUUGUGUGUGCAUUGUUUUGGG